UCGAAAUUGGUUUGCAGCUCCUCUUGCUUGCCGUAGUUACUCCCAAAAUGGCGGCAACGGAUGACGUUCUGGUCCGAGUUUGCAACCAGGAGAUUGUCAAAUUUGACCUCGAGAUUAAAGCGGCAGUGCAGGAUAUCCGGGACUGCAUGGGUCCUGUAAGUACACUUACAGAACUGAAUGCCAAGGUAAAGGAAAAAUUUCAGCAGUUGCGGCUUAGAAUACAGGAGCUUGAACAGAUGGCUAAGGAACAAGAUAAAGAAUCAGAAAAGCAAGCUUUGCUCCUAGACGUAAAGAACCAUAAAAAGCAAAUGCUGAGCAAUCAGGCAGCAUGGAGGAAGGCGAAUCUGGCUUGCAAAAUUGCCAUUGACAAUGCUGAGAAAGAUGAAUUAUUGCGAGGAGGAGACCCUCUAAGACAAAGAAAAACCACGAAGGAAAGCUUGGCUGAGGGGGCCAGUAACAUCACAGAGAGCUUAAUGGGUAUUAGCAGGAUGAUGUCUCAGCAGGUGCAGCAAAGUGAGGAGGCUAUGCAGACCCUAGUCACUUCUUCACGAACCAUCCUGGAUGCGAAUGAGGAGUUUAAAUCCAUGUCUGGAACAAUACAGUUGGGACGAAAACUCAUUACGAAAUACAAUCGCAGGGAAUUGACUGAUAAACUGCUCAUCUUCCUCGCCCUUGCUUUGUUUUUGGCCACAGUGCUUUACAUCCUGAAGAAAAGACUGUUUCCCUUUUUGUAAAAUCCCCAAGGGAGGGAGGAAUCAUGAAUAGGAGGCAAACAGAGUGGGAGAAUUUUGAUAUGGAUUUGAAACUAUUCUGACACAGGAAAGGUCCAAGAGGACAGGAUUUUGCACUGUGUAAACAAAAGGUAAGCUUGCUUCAUGUGAGCUUAAUGAGCUACAGGUAGAGCUGCAAGUACAGGAGAAAGAAAGAGAAGAGGUCCAGCAGAAGAAAAGUGUUGGCCAGAUGCUCUUAGGAGUGGUUGUCAUCGGUUUUGAACUGGCUGGUAGACAGCCUAUUCCUCCCAUCUGGGCACGGAUCAUAUGUUUCACUUCCUUCCUCUAUUCAGAAGAUAUGCUGGUCUAAAUGAAGUAAGGCAUGAGAGAAGGGGGAAGAGACUGCAAUAAAUGCAUUCAGACGCAUUCCUCCACUAACCCCUGCUCAGCUCCAGAUAGAGCGGGGAGUCUUAUGCUGAGUAAAAUAAAUAAUAAAAUCGACUAAAUGGAGGAAAGCAAAGUGGACAGCAUCUUACUGUUGUUUCUUUUAUACUGCCUUGUGAUUUCUACUUCAGUUAAUUCCAGUGGUGAGAGAGCAGCGUGACGAGCUGCAAACUUCACAUAUCUAAUUGGCAUGGGCAGGAAUAUGUUCUUGUCCUAACUUUUUUUUUUUUGAAAACUAAGUUAGCAAAGUUUCUUUUGCUUCAUUCUGAUAUUUGUUUUGGUGGCCUCAUGCUGAUUUCUGAGUAGGAAAGGAAAUCCCUGAGAAUGCGAUUGAGACGUCUUCAUUCCUUUUCUGUUGCCCUCCUGCACCAUCCCCUCACGUGAAGGGUGCAACUCUUCAUCAGUGCACAGCUAAAUGCAUAGGCGGGGAUCCAUGUGACAACUCCAGAGCCCCUGCUCCCUCUCCUCCUUCCCCAUUGACUCUUGGCAGGUUAUGUAUUGUGUCAGGCCUGUGGCAAUGUUCAGGGCUGUUAGCAUGCAUGCAGACUGGCUGCUUUCAAUUGGAGGAUAAAUAUCCUGCCGAGUAGGGGCCUGGAAAGAGCCGGGCCUCUGGAUCCUUCUAUGAGAGGCAAGGAUGCUCCUCUCAUUACUGGUAGUGACCAAGCAUUGCUGCACUCUCAGCUUAAUGGGCAUAAUGCUUAAGGAAUGCAAGUCGCUGGGUGUUUUAUUCCCCACAUGCAGCUCUGCCUUGGCACAGAGUUGCUCCAGUGGACAGUGAUGGAAAACGCUGUAGGAUUUGGUGUGGUAAUCUGAAAGAAACUCGAGAGAAGCCAAAGUGAAACCUGAGGGAACUCUUCCGUUAUCAAACAAUGUGUAAUUUUUCUUCCAGUGCUUGAAAAUCGUAUUGAAGAACUUUCCCAGCACAUUCCCUUUAAAUAACAAAGCCUUUCCCCUUUUAUUGAAGCAUUUCUUUUGAGGUUUUUCAAAGACCAACGCACAAGUGAGAUCUCCGUUUUUAUAUACUGUUGUUUGAUGGUGUAAUGUAUUUAUUAAAAACAAAAAAUAUAAA